AUGGCCGACCGUCGGGGCGACGAACUGGCAGGCGGCUAUUGGACCAAGCUGUGGACACUGCAGUGGCGUGCCGUUCUGCUGCUGCUUCGCCUCGGCGGCCGCAACUGCAGCUCGGGAUGGCCGCCGACGGCCUCGGCGUGGUGGACGCGGUACGCCGUCGUCGUGCUGCUCCUGUCCAUCGUGGUGGGCAUCGUGAACGUGGGGAGGAACAUCCUCGCCCCCCGCACAGUGUCCGAGACGGCGACGUACCUCGUGCUGCUCAACACGGCGGACAUCGUGGUUAAGCAACUCGCCACCGUGGCGUCGCAGGUGAUGACGAUCGUGCGCCGGUCCGAGAUCGCCCUCCUGGUGCAGGACGUCGCAAGCUACCUGUCGGCCUACCCGGCCACGUUGCCCUCGCUGCGAGGCAUGAACGCAAUCCUCGGGGUUUACGUGCUCAGCACGUUCCUGCCGGGCAUCUUCUCCCAGGCGGUGAAUUACGAGGUGCUGGCUCUGGCGCUUGACUCUGAGGGGGUAUUCACUCAGUCCAUGCUCUCCAUGGCCGUCCUGCAAGACACCCUGGAGCACGUGCUGCCCUCGCUCUACCUGGCGUUGCUGGAGUGCGCGUUCGUCGGGGUCCUGGUGGCCGGGGUGUUCCUGGCGGCCGACGUGGCCGACGACGUGCAGGACCUGGUCGCCAAGCUGUCCUCCACGACGUGGGGGUCGUUGGCGUGGGACGGCGUGACCCUGGGCAGCGUCGAGGACAAGCGCGUCGCACUGCAGCUGCGCGAACUGCGCGCGCGGCAGCAGCGACUUCACGACGUGGUGGUGGCCACCAACUCCGCGCAGGGCGGCGUCAUCCUCUGCUCGCUGCUGGUGACCGUCAUGGAGGCGUGCGUGUGUGUGUACACUGGCGCCUCCCUGCUGACGAAGUUCGACUUCGAGGACGAGUCCCAGGGCUUGGUCAGCGUCGUGUGGGGUGUCAACCUCAUACUCAGGUUCAUCGUCAACUGCAUCCUGGGUCAGCGACUGUGCAACAACCACACGAGAAUAUCCGUUACGCUGCAGGAGUUCCUGGCAGACAGUCCAAUCCUUCCCAUCCGAACGAAACAAGAGGUCCAGGGAUUCCUGCACCAGGUUCAGAUGCUGGACAAUCGGUGUGGCGUCUACGACCUCUUGUAUUUCGAUUUGACUACUAUGAGUACGGUCAUUGCGUCCUUUGCAACGUUUUUGGUGAUGCUGUUCCAGUUCGAUAAGAAGAAGGCCAUCUAAGUUGCAUCUAAAAGAGCCAAGUGAACUCUCGUCAACCGGAGACUCCAGUGACUCAGUAAAGCUCAUUCGUCAUACCCACCAAAAAUUCAAACUAAAGUUGAGGAACAUCUUUUUUCGUGCCACAUGUCACUGGCAUCACGCCAGUCUCUCAUGCGCGCACCUUUAACUUAGUAGUCCACUGGUGUUCAAAAGGAGGUAAAUCAACGUCAUCGAGAGUUAAACAUUAAACCCAACCCUACUGCUUUCAGCGUCUACAUUCGCGAUCAAAAUACUUCAACAAUACCGUAAACCGGGGUAACUUGAGACAGCAAGGGUAACUUGAGACACUUCUGCUUUUCCACCUAUUUGGAGCUGCCGCCUGGCUCGGCACGUUCAGAGGUCAAAACUGCCCUAGCACUUUUUUUCAUACUUGUUUGGAAAGACGAUUAAGCGUGUGAACGGCGGGUUGGGACCAAGCUGGUCAGAUCUAAAACGAUUUUUCAAUUUUAGUAAAUUUAACAAUUUUAGAGAAGUGUUACAAGUCUCCCUUGGUACUCGAAACACGUCUUGCUGAGACCCAAAUGACUGU